AAUUUCUUGGUGUCCCAUUCCUCCCGGAACUUUAGAGCGGCAAAUCAGAACUCUGAGAAGUCUGUAAUGAACAUUUUUAACCGGAAAACUGCUGUGCCUGUUCUGCGGUUCCGGAACUUCCUGUUACUGUCGCAGAAUUCUUCUAAAAAACAGAUGGAUUCCGGAAAAAGGAUUUCUUGUUGUUCAAUUCCUCCCAGAACUUUAGGGGCGCAAAUCAAUACUCUGGGAAGUAAUGAAAAUUUCCAACCGGAAUACUUCCAGUAUGAACCAGGACCUCAACAUGUCACCCUUAAUAAGAUAAAAAUUAAUCAACAAAACUCGCUUCUCAGCGACAUCCCUCCAGCCGCGGUUGCGCCCCAUCAUGCUCGCCACUUGUACUGUUUCUGUCUGGAAUUCUACGUCGCCACACACCGUUUUCUUGAACACCACCAAAGAUGGUCCUGUAAUGGUCCUCCCGUAAUAGGAAAAUACUUGUAG